CACACACGUCCCCCCUCCCGCGCGGUCACGUGGAUUGAGACGACACCAGUUUCAGUUACCGACGUUUGGUCACCGGACGCCUCGUGCUGUUUACUUCUAAACGUGAUGCACGGAUCUUCACCAGAGCCGGAGUCGGUUCACUGUGUGAUUUCAGAUCCACGAGUCUGAUCCUGUUUGGAGCUUUUUCUCUGUUCCUGACUGAAAGGGAAACGCAAUGAAUCCGAAUCAUUCAUGCGGUAAACAUCCAACGCGUUAUGUUUACAAUCACUGGAGACGUCACUGAUCCUCAGGAAGAGCCGACAAACUGCACUAAUAAAGGUAUUUCCUAUUUAUAUAGAAACUGUAGGCUAAUAACUAGUUAUAAUAACAUCAUGAUCGGAUCUCCAGACUUACUGGCUUUCACAACAGAGACUGAUUUCCUGGAACAAUCCACAGAAUCUCUUGGACUUCCAGCUGAUCUGUCUGUUCCUCUGUAUCUACACUCAGAAGAUGCCUCACCAUGGUCAAAGACAUCCAGCGUGAGCUUCAAUAAGGAUUUUAUUCUUAUAUCAGAAUUUUCUGAGCAAGUGGGUCCUCAGCCGUUACUAACCAUUCCGGACGACGACAAGACAUGUGGCUCGUUUGAUCUGAACCGCUUCUCGCUCAGGAUAAUGUCAGUGGACUAUCAGACCACGUUCGCUGGUCCUGCCGGUGGCGCACAUGCUAAACUGAACUUCGUAGAAGACUCUAAAGUGGUGCUGGGAGAUUCUAGAGAAGGAGCCUAUGCCUAUGUGCACCAUUUGACACUGUAUGACCUGGAAGCUCGAGGGUUUGUCCGGCCUUUCUGCAUGGCCUACGUGUCGUCUGAAGAGGAAAAAAUCAUGCAUGGUUUUCGGCAUCUGUCUGCAAUGUUCUCCAAAGCUUCUGAGUGUCUGAAGACUGGAAAUAGGAAGAACUUUGCCAACGAAGUGGACAAAAAACUCUCAGACUUGGAAUAUACUAGAUUAAUACUGCUGGGGGAGAUGAACAAAGAUAGGCUUAGUAAAGUCCAAGCUGGUGUGAAGAAGGGAAAGGAAACGAAUAGUGGAGCUACGCAGGAAAGGGAAAAUGAAGAUAACAGGAACAACGGAAUGUUGCUGACCACAACCGAAGAGGAAUUGAAAGAGAAAGAAAGAUGUAGACUGUCGUUUAUGGAAGUUGAUAGAAACAACAGAAUGCCAGGACCUGAUAAAAGGGGAAAUGAACCAGAAUGUGACUUGGUUUAUAAAAACCGUCACAAGCUGAAAAACAAAUCAGAAAAAGAUCAAGUAUCUGAGCAGCCCAAGGAAACCAAGGAAGGUCAGAGUGCAGCAUGUAAGUCAGUCAUGUGGGCUAAUAAAGCAGAGGAGUUGGCUCAUGUGGAAAAAGCCAUUAAGGAACACAGAGGUCUUUUAAAACAAAUCACUUCCUACCCAAACAGGAAGCUCAGAGACCCACAGUUCUUGCCAUAUGAGCCAGAUGAUGCCUUUCAUUCUCUAGACUCUAAUCUAGACCCCAACAUGCUGUCCAACAUCCAGAGCCCAGAAUCAAAGGGGGAAUGCAACAAUUGCUCACAUGCCCCUUUACACACUCCACAACUGGUGAGCUUGAGCAUGUGUCGACAGUUUGACAAGCGUCUGAAGAAUCUGGAUGAGCUGUGUGACGAGUACUUCCUGCAGCAGGCGCUGAAACAGCUCCACUCCAUCGAGAGGAGUUUUCGUGGAGACAACAGCCGCCUCCUCUCAAAGCAACAGACUCAAAUCUUGCUCAGUCACCUAAAGUCCACGAAUUUCCUAUUUGAAGAUGUGUGUGACUUGGAGGCAGAGAUGAGUCAGCAGUUAUCCAGAUUGCAACCUCGAUCAGCACGGCUUCCUCCUGUUUCUCCACUACACAGCGAACCUGUAAGUCUAGACUCUUACACGUCAUGUGUGGAAAUGGUGCCAAUCAGGCUCGAGCUCCGACAGAACGGACCAGACUCUGUUCCAACGUCACCAUGUGAUGAACUUCCGUUGACACCAAACUUCUCAAAGGAAGGCAACUGCAAGAAUGACGAGGUUUCUGUGCAGAUGAAGGAUAGCAUCAGCAGUGGAGAGAGUAUCGAGGUGCUAGCAACGGAGAAGUCCUUUAAAACUCAUUCUCCAUUUUAUGUCACGGAAACAAUUCCGCAGAGACCAACGGUGUCUUUUGAAGGACGAAAAAACACAGCAGUCACUCAACGGACAAUCAGCGAGGAUAGCAUCGAGGUGCUUAACUUUACAGAUUCGAUCAUACCGGACGAUCUGAGGGCUUCAUGCCCUACUGCCAUCUAUGAGGAAACCCCAGAGCAUGCUGGAGAACAGAAUGAUGAUCACAUGCACAGUGCUGAAGAUGUUUUGGUUCAGUGCAAAGAAAAACAGCAGGAAUGGCAGAGCUCCCCCAACAGCCCUACUUUAGUCAUAAACCCACCAGAACCUCACAUGAGCUUGGAUUUGUGUACCUUUGGUGCUCAUUCUCCUGUAAGUGAACAAGGCUCUCUACAAGACAGACCUUUCUUAUUUACACCAGAUGAGCUGUCAGACUGCACCAGUUACCGUAGCCUUGGCUCCACAGGAUCUACAUUGUCUCUUGAUUUCCGUGGGGAAAAAAGUACAGCCAGGAGUCGGAGAAAGUGCGCCAGGUUGGGACACGCGGCUCUGAAUUUCUUACGGCAGUUUCCGUUCGCUCGACACGCCGUGUAUAGCUUGUUGAUUGGCCGAACGGUGGUGGUACUGGGCAGUGACGAAAGAGCGGUCAGACAGAUGGUCAGAGCACUUACCAUGUAUACACCACAUCUAGGGAGGUGCAGAGAAAACAUCCAGCCCUGGACAUCCAGCCCUUUACAGAUUACUGACCUGCUAACCUGGAAACUCGUCGGCUACAACAGAUCGGCUUUUCCUUCAUCUCUCAGUGUGCCUCCUUCGCUAGUUCGCUUUAGUCGGUACCUCAGUGUACUGGAUGUGGACCAGAAGACCUUACGCUGCCCGGCGUAUAAAGGUUCUCUGAUUUGUCCGUUGUUGGAUGCGAGGACUCACGCCAUGCGUGGCACCACCUACUUCCUGUAUGCACAGAGUACAAUCAACCAGCUUGUAUCUAGAGCGUUCCUUUUCACGUUCUCUCAGGAGCUCCAGCAUCCCAGCAACCCGAGCGUAGAGGUCAGGCCCGAGCACGUCCUCGGAGAGUUCCAUAACGAUGACCUGAAGAUCUUCCGCUAUCUUUCAGACCUCAUCACGCAACAUGUGACGGGAACAUCGCCCCCGGUCCUGAGAUUCAGCUACACCGCUAGCACAGUUUUUAAAAUCUGACACUGAAAAUGACAAAACACUGCUAUCCUGCUGCUAGCCUAGCAUAACAAAGUUCUUUUAAGUUUGUUUAUUUAUUGCUUUUUAGACUGUUUAAACUCAAUAAUGCAAAAAUCAUGAAGUAAACUUGGACCUAAUGCUGUCUAAUCAUUGCCUGCUUGGAUUCUACAGUGUGUGUAGUAUUUUAUUAUAGCCUUAGCUACAAAAGGUUCGAGAACUCCUGGCCUAAUUUCUCCAUCCGCUGGAGACACGCAGUAAUCUCAGAGUACACAGCAAUCCUAAAGCCCCCAAAUCCACAUAUCCUUGUGAUUAUUUUAUUGACUGCCAGAAUAGAUGGACAUGUGCUUGUGGUGUUGGGGAAAAGCUCACAUGGCAGCAUCCUCACGUUUAAUGCACACUUGAUAGGUAUGCUUGAGAACUUUGAAGAUAUCGUGUGCUGUGUAACGUCUCUAGAGACGGCGCACAAACACCAAACAGGGAAGUGAAACUAAAUACUACGAAUUAGUUCAACUUGUAAAAACCGGCUUGAUGUUAUUAAGUACGGCUGUAACUUCAUCCGAAUAUCCGAUCGGCCAAUCACGUGGCAGCAGAACCCAUGUGGAUCAGUCAGUUCCAGUACUGAGCCAGGUGAUGUUCAUCUACUCGAGGUGCUGACAGGAGUGGAUCCAGAUGUGGCCUCCUGCUCUUCUGGGUGUCUUGUAUCUGCUUCAAGCUUUGACUUGUUGUGUGUUUGGAGGUGUUCAUCAUCCCCACAGUUAUAAAACCUUCCUGUCACCUCGAUCCAGUCGACCCGUUCUGUUCUAGAGAUCAGCUCAUUACACUCAGGCACAGAUGGCUGAAUCUGCAUGAGGUUUUGUCUUUGCUGCUGCUACAUGAUUGGCUGAUUAUAGACUUGUCCUCAUGAGCAGGUGUAGACGUGUACAGUGUAGAUCACGAUAUGAUACUGAACACUUUUAAUUUUGCAUGUUUAGAGAAAAUUAUGAUGAAGUACAAGAGGACGUGUGUGUGUGUGUGUGUGUGUGUGUGUGUGUAUUUAAACUACAGCUCAGCACAAGACUGUGUUAAACACUGGUGUGUGUGUGUGUGUGUGUGUUGUAGACUUCACACGAGAGAGAUGUUCAGAGCGACGGCUAAAACAAACAGGUUUUAAUGUAUUAUUGCUACGAGAGUUUAUUUAAAUAAAAAGUGCCUUGUGUUUAA